AUGACAUUACUCACUGGUACAAAUGAAAUCAUCUAUGGCCUAUGGAACACAACUGCUGGUGGUAGUAGCAGUCUAUCGAUCCCUGGUAACAGUAUUGGCACUUAUAAUCCAACUCAAACACCACAACAUGUCUUUGACCAGAAUAAUAUUACUAAAUAUACUAGUUAUGGCAUUUGUAAUCAGAGUGCUAUCUAUUCAUCUCGAUGUGGUGCAAAUACUGGCCUUUAUCUAACACUUCAGCGAGGUGGAUCAUUACUGACAGGUAUACGAUUUUAUACUGCUAAUGGUCUUCCAGAACGCGAUCCGAUGACAAUAACUGUAGAAGGAAGCAAUCAACCUUCUUCUGCACUUCUACUCGGCUCAAGUUGGACUUUAAUAUACAAUGGUUCAAGUGGUCUGAAUUCUGAUCCAGGUCGAUACAGGCUUGGUGUGACAGAAACAAUAUCAAACAAUGUCGUUUACUAUAAGAGCUAUCGUCUUCUCAUCACUUCCAUACGUAAUAUAUCCAAUGCUGCUCACUAUAGUGAAGUAGAAUUGCUUGGCUAUUGA